CCACCAUCCCCCAGCUCGCUCUUAACGUCCUCAGCAUCUGCUUGACCCCUUGCACCUCAGCUAUUUUGUAGCAGAUAUUUGACCUUGCUAUUAGGAACUUGUAGAGAACGGAGAAUAUCAUGUCUAAGCCAGGUACCCCGGGGACGUCCACACCGUCGAACACCCUUCUCCUUCGCCGACAACUGACUGAGCUCACGAAGCAUCCUGUCGAGGGUUUCUCUGCUGGACUCGUCGAUGAUGACAACUUACUGGAAUGGGAGGUCCUCAUCAUUGGCCCACCAGACACCAUGUAUGAGGGAGGGUUCUUCAAGGCACGGUUAUCCUUCCCUUCUGAGUUCCCAUUGCUCCCGCCGAAGAUGCGCUUUAUCACCCCGAUGUGGCAUCCGAACAUUUACGCGGAUGGUACUGUCUGUAUCUCCAUUCUCCAUGCGCCUGGCGACGAUCAGUACGGAUACGAAGACGCAGGCGAACGAUGGAUGCCAGUGCACUCUAUCGAGUCCAUCCUACUAAGCGUGAUCUCCCUCCUGUCAUCGGACACGCCCAACCUCGACAGUCCCGCGAACGUCGACGCGGCGAAGGAGGUCAGAACGGACCCUGCCGGCUACAAGAAGAAGGUCCGACGCUUGGUGCGCAGGAGUGCAGAGGAGGCUUUUGACUAGACUGGGAGAACUGUUCGCUCAGUCUCUGUUCUUCCUUCCUUCCCAUCCCAUCCCGUCCGUCAUUCACGUACGACCCCUCAUGACCACCGAACUCCGCUGCCAGUGUACACCACCCGCUCGCUUUCGCACAUAUAUUCAUUUUACUUAAUGUAUGUUUGUAUCCAUUCCGUCCUCACCGCUUUUCACUCCGUCUCCUCCCCCUCUCCUUUUCAUCCUCAUCGCCUCAGAUCACAGGUUUCGUUUUUUCGGCUCGUACUGUUACUAGUCGCCGUUGUCAACUCCAACUCCAACUUCAUCUACGUCCUUGAGUCUGAUCCUUACGAAUUCCUUUCAUUUUGAGACUGUGGCUGAAAUCAAUAGCAGAG